AUGAAAGAAAACUUCAGUAUUAUGUUCAUACAUUCAAUUUUUUUGAUAUUAAUUAUAUUCAUAUAUAGUAAUGAAACAAUUGCUCAAGUAACAGAUGAUGAGAAUUGUGAAACAUUACAAUCAGAAGUACAUAUUACAAAAGAUGAAUAUGAUGAAAUAGGUCGAUUAAAAAGAACAUGUAGUGGAGAUAUAUCUGUUACAAAAUGUGAAGGAUUUUGUAAUUCACAGGUACAACCAAGUGUAGCAAGUACAACAGGAUUUUCAAAGGAAUGUUAUUGCUGCCGUGAAAGUUAUUUAAAAGAAAGACAUAUUACAUUACAUCAUUGUUAUGAUGCAGAUGGUAUAAAAUUAAUGAAUGAAGAAAAUGGAGUAAUGGAAAUCAAAAUACGUGAACCAGUAGAAUGUAAAUGUAUUAAAUGUGGUGAUAUAUCCCAAUAA